UGCCUUCGCUCCCUCGAAUCGUAAACGCCUUCUUCCGCCGUUGAGCGGCACAGCGGAGGGGAAAGGAAGCGACCGGGGGAACCUCGAGCUAGGGUUUCGUUUUUGCCGGAAUUAAUGGAUAAUUUCGCACUCCUCUCCUCUAAGUUCUCCGUUGUCGUAGCAGCUCCAGCUUCGUACGAGAUCCUCAGCAGGCGGCGGUCGGCUCAUUCUUCUCUUCUCUCGCUCCCUGCGAGAAGAGGUAGACGAAUCGGGUGCGGUGGUAGACCUCCCGUACUCGUUUUCUUUGCUCUCAAGAGCGGAAACAUUGAUCGAGCCCCGUCUAAUGCCGGGCGUGGGAAAUUCAAGGCACAAGUUUUUGCAAGUGCUUCAUCUUCAAGCAACAGUGAGAUGACAACUAGUAGUGCAAUGGCGCCACUUCCAGUGCCUUCGUCACCAACAUCCAUAGGUUCACCAUUGUUUUGGAUUGGAGUUGGAGUUGGUCUAUCGGUAGUAUUCCAAGUUGUGGCUGCAAAGUUCAAGAGAUUUGCACUUCAGCAAGCUUUCAAGACCAUGAUGGAUCAAGCAGCACCUCAAGGUGGACAAUUCAAUAAUCCUUCCUUUGGACCAGGCUCGCCUUUCCCAUUUCCUGCUACAACAACAUCAUCUCCAACUGCAUCAACCACAUCACCAGCACGUGUUUCCACCCAGCAAUCUGUUACUGUAGAUGUUUCAGCCACCAAAGUGGAAUCAACUUCACAGUCUGAAGUUGGAGAUGAAACUCAAUUAGAAGAGGAAAAAUCCAAAAAAUUUGCUUUUGUGGAUGUUUCUCCAGAAGAAUUACUGCAAAAUGAUCCUUCCAAUCUAAAAGAGUCAACAAAGGCAAGUCCAGCUGAGACUCAACCGGUGAACGAAAUUCCACCAAAUGGAACUGUUAAGCAGGAUGGAAGUGCUUCAAAUGAACAAACUCAAACUCGUGAUUCACCAUCUCUCUUGUCAGUUGAUGCAUUGGAGAAAAUGAUGGAAGAUCCAACUGUGCAAAAAAUGGUUUACCCCUAUUUACCUGAAGAAAUGAGGAACCCAGAGACAUUCAACUGGAUGAUGCAAAAUCCUCAAUUUCGCCAGCAAAUGCAAGAUAUGCUAAACAAUAUGGGUGGAAAUAAUGAAUGGGACAACCGCCUGACGGAGUCCUUGAAAAAUUUUAAUCUUAGCAGUCCUGAGAUCAAGCAGCAGUUUGAACAGAUAGGGCUCACUCCGGAAGAAGUUAUUUCUAAAAUAAUGGCCAAUCCUGAUGUUGCUAUGGCAUUUCAAAAUCCUAAAGUGCAAGCUGCUAUCUUAGAUUGCUCACAGAAUCCACUCAGCAUUGCAAAAUAUCAGAAUGACAAGGAGAUUAUGGAUGUGUUCACCAAGAUAUCAGAACUCUUUCCUGGUGUAUCGGGUUACCCAUGAUGGACUUCACAUGCAUGGGUCCAUGGUUCUGACAAUUCAAUCUGUCCGCCGCCCGCUGCCGGCCCAUCGGAUGGUGAAGCUGUAAACUAUGCAUCACAGUUUCGAAAUGCAGUUCACGCUCGAGCAAAUUCUUGGUAACUCACCUCAGCUGGUUAUCAUAGCUCCUGUGAAUUGGUCUGCUGUUUUGAGUAUAGAUAUAGGGUUUUGUAACUUAUAGCAUCUUUCUCCAACGUAUGACUUUGCUUAGUAUUGAUCAUACCUUCUUAUUUGACGAACCUUACAUGGUUGGAUCGUUUUUGUUCCAAAAUGAGUUUAAAAAUUCAGAAUAUGAUAUAGAAUGGAUUCAUGGGGGUAAAA